CACAGCUAUUUGCAAUCGGUAUCAUCGGCCACUAAUCUCUCCAUUGUCAUCAAAUGAUAAGAAUGUCCAAGGGGGUACCACGUUAGUGACCCGCCAUCUUCGAUGGAUCGUCAGGUGGACACUGCGCCGGCAAGAGGCUUUCCAGCUGUUUUCCCUCCUGGCUUCAGGUUUCAUCCCACGGACGAAGAGCUCAUUGUUUAUUACUUGGAGAAUAAGUUGACCUCGCGCCCGCUCCCGGCGUCCGUGAUUGCCGAGAUCGAUCUCUAUAAGUACAAUCCAUGGGAGCUACCAAAGAAGGCAUUCUUUGGGGAAGGUGAGUGGUACUUUUUCAGCCCGAGGAACAGAAAGUACCCGAAUGGAGGGAGGCCGAACAGGGCUGCGGGCUCGGGUUACUGGAAAGCUACUGGGAUCGACAGGUCAAUACUCACAUCCGGCGGGACGAAGAGCAUCGGAGUGAAGAAGACUUUGGUGUUCCACACCGGACGGCCUCCGAAGGGGACGAAGACGGAAUGGAGCAUGGACGAGUACAGGCUGAUCGAUACCACCGUCCGCCCACCCAGAUCGAAAGGGUCAAUGAGAUUGGAUGAUUGGGUACUCUGCCGAGUGCGACAGAAAGAGAAAAUUCCGAGAAACACCAGCGACCAUCAUGGAAAUUUCAGCAGUUGCAUGAAGGCACCAUCUUACCCCCAAAAGAAUGAUGAAGCGCUGCCCGUGCAUACCAUUUCUUGCAGAGAUAUCGCCAUGGAAAAUCUUUUCCAAGAUUGUCAAGUAAUGGCUUCCCUACUCGCGGGUCAAAUCGUCUGUCCCAUCAAUUCAGUCUCUGGUAUAAGCUUUCGAGCGCCCAACGAUAACGAUGGCUUAAAGUCGGUGUAUGAAGAAAGUCCCGACAAACUAAACUCUUCUAGCAUAAGUUCUUCCAUGGACAACAAUGUCAACAAAUUUACAAGGGAACUUAUAGAGGAAAAAGGGUUUGAGGAUCAGCGGGAAAAAAUGCCGGGUGUGGAUGGUAGUGAUGCCUACGACUACACUCAAAGCCAGUGCGACGAAAACGUAUUUAACUUGGAUAGAUGUGAUUCUGUACUCAACUUUCAGGAGCUUAAUAACUUGGCCCUAGCCCUGAGAGAGUUACAGUAAUGAUACAGAAAUAAUGAGAAUUAGCAGUGCUUUUAGUGGUCC